AUGAACAUCUGCAGCCUCACGGAACGGGCCGGGAACGCGGCUGGUUUGGCGCUGGCUCUGGUGCUGCUCUUACAGCGACACCCAGAAAACACCGACGCGGCCGAGUCCAGCACAUUGCUGCAGGAGCUGAGGAGCUCCAUCUCCAAAUCCGUGCAGAGCAAAGUGGAUUCCAUCCUGCAAGAUGUCCAGAAGUUUUCAGACAGUGACAAGCUCUACCUCUACCUCCAGCUGCCAUCGGGGCCGAGCCCGGGGGAGAAGAGCAGCAGCCUGGACCUGAGCUCACUGGGCGCGGCCGAGUACAUGCACGCGUGCAACUGGAUCCGGGACCACCUGGAGGAGCACACGGAGACCUGCGUGCCCAAGCAGGACGUCUAUGACGCCUACAAGAGAUACGGCGACAACCUCUGCUGCCGCCCGCUCAGCACCGCCAACUUCGGCAAGAUCAUCCGGGAGAUCUUCCCAAACAUCAAAGCCCGGAGGCUGGGAGGCCGAGGACAGUCGAAGUACUGCUACAGCGGGAUCCGGAGGAAGACAGUGGUCAGCCUGCCCCCCCUGCCCAGCCUGGACCUCAAAGUCACCGAGGCUCAGUCAGAGCUGACGGAGCUGGUGCAGUCCUACAGCAGCGAGGUGAUGGAGGCAGCUUGUGCCCUCACCUGCAACUGGGCCGAGAAGAUCCUCAAACGCUCCUUCAACAACAUCGUGGAGGUGGCCCAGUUCCUCAUCCAGCAGCACAUCAUCAGCUCCCGCUCGGCCCACGCUGACCUGGUCAUGGCCAUGGUGGUCUCAGAGAGCACAGAGAAGGUUCACCAUGAGAGUCGGACUCCACCAGCAGCAAAGAAGAACGGCCUGGACACUCCUGAGAGCAGCGACAGGAGCCAGGUGCAGCUCUGA